CUGCUCCUGACUCUCGACCGUUUCCUUCUCUCCGUUCCUUUAUUGACCGUCUGAUCUGAUCUAUCCUACCUCUGUUCCCCAGCUUCCGUCGUCCGCGGCCUCUCUUCUCUUAACCCGCGUUCUCAUCCUGCCGACGUUCAGCCUUAUCCCUCAUACCAACCGUACAACAGGCACCUUCGAGAGAUAUAGCGGAGGACGACAUAAUCAGAGUCCAUUGGCCCUUCCGUCAUUUCAUUCUUCCAUAUCUUCCGUAACGAUUGCUGUUUGCCGUUUGCAGUUGUUCUCGCAACUCUGGCCUCUGUUUUGCGUCUCCGUGCGCAUGAAUCUUGGCAGGCUACGGAGUAUCGCAUUGCUCAUUCCUUCGCAUAUAGUCCGUUCUCCGAUCCUUGUUGAUACCCCCGGCCUUUCACCAGGCCUCGUUUUGAUUAGUUGAGACGUUUCAGUGAUUCUUGCUGUUUGUUCGCCACUGCCUCUCUUACACUCUAUUGACGCCCUUCCGCUAGCAUGCCUGGCUUUGCGGAUUCGUUCUGGACGCCGGACUAUGUCUCUGGCCUGGAGGUUCUCUAUGAGAAGCUCCAGCAAGGCGUCGUGGAGAAUAAGCAGAUUUUGACCAUUGUUUCUAUGCGCGCGGACGCCGAGGAACAAUAUAGCGUCAAACUGGGCGGGAUUGCACCGGCUGUGGAUAAGUUGACUCCGAAUGGGUUUUCUAAAGAUGAUGGGGCAAGCGUUAGGAAGGCAUACGAAGGUGUACGCUCCGAGAUGGUCGAAGCGUCCAAGAAGCACCAGAAGAUUGCAUCGAAUAUUCGAGAGCUUGUCGUGACGCCGUUCAGUCGAUGGAGCGAACAACAUGAACUUCGGAUCCAGAAUUCACACGACGAUCUCCUGGCUCGCUUCAAGGAAUACAGUAAGAUGCUGCAGCUGGUGAAGAAACUACGGAGUCAGUACUUCAACAAGUGCCGCGUGGUUGAAGAUUUGGAGGAGGAGAAUAAAUUAGCCUUUCAAAGCCCCGAUAUGAGCCCUCAGGCCAAUCCCACCCCAAAGAUUGUCCUGCCGGAAGAGGAGGAAGAAAACAUUGAACCGGUUGAAAUCGGGGACAAGAUGUACGCGCCCGAGGACCUCAAGAAACUCUUGGCUCAUAUGCUCGAGACUAUCAAGCUCGGGGAAGCCAAGGUUCCUAUUCUCGGAACCUACCAGAACACCUCUACUGGUGCUGAUAUCGUGGAGUAUCUGCAGAAGCAUCUGGAUGCCUCGACAGUUAGCUACGCAGAACACAUUGGGCAGGAUCUUGUCAACAAUGGCUUUCUUCGGUUGGUCGGCAACGUGGGCAGCACGUUCGCAAAUAGUUCGAAGUUGAACUACCAGUGGCGGUCUGUGGCUUUCAAGAUCGCAGGGGUUCCUGAAAAGAGGAAGCCUCUACUCCGUGUAGGCUCAAUGGUAAGCGAGGAUGGCGUCGAUUCCCCGAUAGCCUCUGUUUCUGAGAUGCUGGCUGGGUGGAAUCCCCUUAACAAUCCCCAUCCGAACGAGACUCCAGCAGAGAAAUUACGCAGGGAAGCUCGCGAGGCAGACGAGCGGUAUAAGAACGCAGUGAAGAAGCUCGACCAGUUCAGAUGCAAGCUCGAAGAGGAGAUUGUCGAUAAUCUCCGCUUCAUGGAACAGUGUGAGCUGGAUCGUCUCAAGGCGAUAAAGGCUGUUGUUCUUGAUUUCUCAGGAGCUGUCAGCAAUGUCAUCCCGACUCUGCAGAGCGCAGUCGACAAUAUGAUGCUGUACCAGGAGACUAUUCAGCCUCUAGGAGAUCUGAGAUAUCUCCUUGAAAACUACCGAACGGGUGGAUUUGUGCCUAAGGUAGAACCAUACGAGAAUUAUUAUGGUUCGGUGGAAGAUCAAAUAUUUGGCGUUGACCUUGAGGCUAGAUCGAGAGCUGAUCGCAAACGGGUCCCGAUUCUCGUCACUACAAUUUUGAGCUAUCUUGAUAAUCACUAUCCCGAACUCGAAGGCGAUGAGACACGACGUGCAAUUUGGCUUUAUAAUGUUCCCUUGGCGGCGACGCAUCAGCUUCGUAAUGCUUUGAACAAUAGCAAAACCGAUUAUCGUGAAGUGUUGGAGAAAUUUGAGAUACCCGUUGUUGCGAGCGUUUUGAAAUUGUAUUUCCUUGAAUUGCCAGACUCCCUUGUUUCCUCACAAGUCUACGAAAUCGUGAAGACGAUUUAUUCUACUACGGCUCAUGAGACUACGGAAGAAGGACGGAUCAAGGUCCUGCAGAGUACCCUGGGACAGCUCCGCCUCAAUAACAUUGCUACGCUUGACGCCAUCAUGACCCAUUUUACACGGCUGAUUGAACUGACUUCUGCCGAUGAAACGUAUAUCGCAGCCCUCGCUCAGAACCUAGCUCCCUGUAUCCUGCGGCCGCGUUUCGAGAGCAGCUUGACCAUGAACGAGCGCCACAGCUAUCGCCUGAUCCGUGACCUCUUCGCACACAAGGAGGCUAUCUUCGGUGAGCUGAAACGUCAAUCGAGUGCCCAUGGGCUUUCGAAUACCGGUCGUGCACGCGCGAUCAGCACAGAUGAGAGCAACCGUCGCGCAGCCAUGGAGGCUCGUCAGCGUGCUAUUGUCAACCGUAGCCGCGCCAACAGUCCCGCCCCUCUUCGAAAACACCGACGAGACCGGUCCAGCGGCCCAGAAAACGGGCGGUUCCCGAUCAACGUGAGCAGUCCGCCUGUUGGGCGGAGGAGCACAAGGGACAGUCUUGAAGUCCCCGGCCGUCGCGACUCGCAGACAGCAACUGAUCGGGCAUCCACUGUUGAUGCGCAAACGGCCGCAGAAGUUACCAGCAAUGGUGAUUCCGUCGCUAGCAUUAGCACCGUCUCCGUCUCGGAGACAUCAAGUCCCUCACCAGCGACGGAAACAGAAGCAGCAGCUGCGACGCCAGCCACCCCAUCAGACGCCACUAGCGAACUCAAGCAACGUGAUUCCCUCUCCCGGUCCAGCGCACGACAUUCGCAUAAGAAGAGUGGCCUGACAAACCGAUCCAGUGUGGGUACUUCGGCGAGCACCGCCGCCGGAGAUGGCCCUAGUAGUAGCCGGACGAGUCUGGUAGAGACCGAGCCGAAAGGCGUGACAUUGGAAGAUAAGGCAAUGGAUGAUUGAUGAUUUUGCUUGUGAUUCUUUCAGCGCAAGCAGGCAAUGUAUGUAUAUCCGUACUUAUCCAAUAUCCCAUAUCAUCGUCUUUCAUCGAGGCCAAUUGCGGAUUUCUCGGGGUGGGAGUGGCGUGUUCUUUGGCAAGAUGUAUACAUUUUAUAUGCUUCUUCUCUUCCAACUUUUUGUCCUUGUGUGUUUCUUUUUUAACGGCCUUAUGUAUCUAUCUAUGCACCUAUCUAUACAAACUUGUUUUCUCCCGCCUAGAGUCAAGGCUUUUCGUACUUAAGCAGCGGUCUCUGCGGUCUCUUUGACUACUACCUUCGUGCUGGGACAUGCUGAGUAAUUGCCAGUUGACUUGCAACGGACAUGAUGGUUUGUCGGCAAUCAAGACUGCUGUUUUGCAACUAAUACUAAUAAUGAACAUUGGAAACAAAG